UCUUUCUCUAUCACUAACUUCAGCAGAAGUUCCUUGUCUCUUCUUGCGCUCGGCCUAUGUGAAACUGAGUGAGCUGAUGACGAACGAGGGCGAGCAGGGCAGCCUGCAGAAGACGGGACGAUGUCAGGAUUACGCCGAGAGCCGCGACCCAGAGGUUGGCCGCUGGGAAUCUACUCACAUCUGCUAUCUGACCUUCAAGAGCUUCGUACAGCUCAGACAGAUGAUGGAUGCUGGGGUGGUGAUGUUGGACAUAGAAGAGUCAUCGCUCCCCAGUAUCAUGGAGAAAACAGUGAAUGAGAUGAUCGAGAAGAAGGAGAUCAGACCCGGUGACCAUGAAGGGGUUUUUAAAGCUUUAACGCAGAAUUUUAGCCAAUCAGUGGAAACACAGGCUCUGACGUUAUCUCUGGAUAUUCAAACAUUUUCAGGUGCAGAAUCGAGAGAUGCAGCUGAAAGUGUGGAGGCCUCCAUGGUGUUUGUAGGGGCUCUGGAUUUCCUGGAGAAGCCAACUAUGGCGUUUGUCCGCUUGAAGGCACCCCAAGUACUUGAGACAUCGCUGGAGACUUCAGCUCCUGUACGCUUCAUCUUUGUGCUGAUUGGGCCAGCCAACAGUGAUGUGGACUACCUCCAGACCAGACGAGCUAUGGCUGCACUUUUAACAGAUAAUGUGUUCAACCAGACAGCAUUAAAAGCUCUGAGCAAUAAAGAGCUUAAUGACGCAGUGACAGAAUUCCUGGAUUUCAGCGUGGUGAUCCCGCCUACAGAGAUUCAGGAUGAAACUGUGCUUGCACCCAUCAUUGGCUUCCAGAAGAAACUUUUGCAGGAAAGACUUCAUUCCUCUGAGCCCCAAUGCCACCUCAAGCCUCAAGCAGAUAGGAGAUCAUCUAUUUCCAAAGUGUCUCCGCCGGAAGAUCCGCUAAAGCGCACCGGUAUACCGUUUGGUGGGUUAAUCAGAGAUGUGAGAAGGCGCUAUAAACACUACAAGAGUGACAUCACUGACGCCAUGAACGCUCAAGUCCUCGCUGCUGUAAUCUUCAUUUAUUUCGCUGCCCUCUCUCCUGCUAUUACUUUUGGUGGGCUGCUAGCUGAUAAAGUGGAUAAUAUGAUGGGAGUAUCGGAGCUCAUGCUGUCUACAGCACUUCAAGGUGUCAUUUUCUGCCUGAUUGCGGCCCAGCCUGUACUCGUCAUUGGUUUCUCUGGGCCAUUGCUGGUAUUCGAAGAGGCCUUCUAUGCGUUCUGUAAGUCUCGGGACAUCGAGUACAUUGUAGGGAGAGUUUGGGUCGGUGUGUGGCUCAUUGUUAUCGUUGUCCUGAUCGUGGCGGCAGAAGGCAGCUUCCUGGUGCGCUUCAUCUCCCGCUUCACACAAGAGAUCUUCUCCAUCCUCAUCUCUCUCAUCUUCAUUUACGAGACCUUCACCAAACUAGGCAGUAUUUUCAAGGACCAUCCUCUUAAUCUCAACUAUGAGCACUUGAACGCUUCAGUCGCAGAUCCUUGGCACCCCAUCAUCACCCAUCACACGACUGUAAAUAAUUCUACAGGAAACGUCACUACAGUCACCACCAUACGUUACCGUGCCUACCCCAACACAGCAUUGCUAUCCAUGUGCUUGAUGUUUGGAUGCUACUCCAUUGCUUACUUCCUACGUAUAUUUAAGAAUGGGUACUUCCUGCCUGGAAAGGUUCGUCGUUUGAUGGGAGACUUUGGUGUCCCCAUCGCCAUUUUCCUCAUGGUUGCUGUGGAUAUCAGCAUUAAUGACACAUAUACACAGAAACUUGUGGUGCCUAAAGGCUUGCAGGUGUCUAACCCCGCUAUGCGAGGCUGGCUUAUAAAUCCAAUGGGCGAGCACCAGCCCUUCCCCAACUGGAUGAAGUUUGCUUGUGUUAUUCCCGCCAUCCUGGUCUUUAUCCUUAUUUUUCUUGAAUCGCAGAUCACUACGUUAAUUGUGAGUAAACCUGAGAGGAAGAUGGUAAAAGGGUCAGGCUUCCAUCUAGACCUUUUGAUUUUGGUGUGCAUGGGAGGGUUCAGUGCUUUCUUUGGAAUGCCAUGGCUCAGCGCCACCACAGUUCGCUCUGUAACACAUGCCAAUGCCUUGACUGUCAUGACGAAAGGGCCCAAACCACAGAUUGAAAAGGUCCUGGAACAGAGGAUUAGUGGUGCAUUGGUGGCUCUUCUUGUAGGCCUGUCCAUCAUCAUGGAGCCUAUUCUCAAGAUGAUCCCCAUGGCUGCUUUGUUCGGAAUCUUCCUUUACAUGGGUGUCACGUCACUGAGCGGCAUUCAACUGUGGGAUCGCAUACUGCUCCUCCUUAUUCCAAAGAAGUAUCACCCCAAUGAACCAUACGCUCAAAGAGUGAAGAUGAGCAGGAUGCAUAUGUUCACAGGCAUCCAGAUUGUGUGCCUGGCCAUGCUCUGGAUUGUAAAGUCAAGCCCAUUGUCACUUGCCCUGCCAUUCAUCCUCAUCUUGACCAUCCCAUUGCGUGUGUUUCUCAGUCGCCGUGUCUUUACCAAGCUUGAAAUGAAAUGCCUGGACGCCGAUGACGCCAAAGUGACGUUUGAAGAGGAGCCCGGAGUGGACGUGUACUCAGAGACACAGAUGCCGUUGUGAAUGUGUUACACCAACCAUGCCAAAGCUUUGAAACUUUCAGUUUCAGGUUGACUUGACGUGUAAUGACUUACGGAUACUUUACAAUUAUAGAGAUGCAGCGUGUAUAUGCCCAAGUAUUAAGACUUUCUCUGUGAAACUUCAAUUCAGAAUAUAAUUUCAAUCAAAUGACCUCAGAGAAAGCGUUUGACUUGUGUACAUCUACAGCGGGAAAAAACACUACAGACACAUGGUGUAAAAAUCAUUACAUCAAAUCUUGUCUACAAAAUGUUUUAUGGUUAAAAGAUUGGUAACGAGCUAUCUGAUGUAUUUUAUUGUAAAUGUUGGUCUUUCCGCUGCUCCUGUUAAGGGGUCGCCACAGCAGACCAUCCGACCUGCACACGACUUGGCACAGGUUUUACCCCAGAUGCCCUUUCUUUUAUUUUAUCAGUGGCUGUGGUUUUGGGUUGGAAUCCAAACCCGAGGCUUUCGCCUGGCAGGCGAGAAACCUACAACUGAGCCACCAAUGACCUUUAUUUUUUUUAUUGUAAAUGCACUUUAUAUUAUAUUAUUAAGACAUUUGCCUUAUGUACUUUUAAUGAAUAAUUAUAAUAUUAAACCUUG